UGUACUGUAUUACGAGUGAAAUCUCGAUCAUUUUUGACAAAAGAUGUUUAAAGUAGAUGUUUGGAUUUUAAAACGGUGAAACUUGUGAAAAUGAAUUUCUCACUAUAUUGGUUUACAUCGCUCUAUGUUUCAUUUUGGAACGUCAGGACUAUCGUCGGACAAUGUGCAGCUGGUACUGAAAUAGGAAAGAACCCCAAUGUAGAUACAGACGAAGCCUUUCUGACGGGUGCAACUUUUUUACUGAAGUCUAUUGACAAUACGUACAGAAUCUCGUGCUGUGGCUUUGUGACACAGUGGGAUAUCGAUAUCGGGACAGCCAGAUCCGGGACCCUGUACGCCGAGGUUUGGCGGGAUGUCUCUGGUACAUGGACGCUGGCUGGCGUGAACACGAUUCUUGUCGACGCCGGAGAAGCGUUAACCACAAAAACAGUCGUUGUUGCUGCAGCUGACCAAAUAGCCGUUCAGGAUGGAGAUUAUCUGGGAUUCAAGUCUUCCGGGGCCACGAUCGUGAGAUACGACAAAACCGCCAAUGGGGUGGGCAACACCAACGAGAUUGUGCAGUUCUCGGCAGGGGCCGGACAUGCGGUAUCCAACACCGCCACAUUUGGCGAAUACACGCAAGAAAAUAACCUUGAGUUCGGUUUUAAGGCUACUCUUGGGCCAGGGACGACCCCCCAGUUUACUGCAGGCCUAGCUACCACCAGCACCGUAACAGACGACACGGCAGUAGGUACCACACUGCUCACCGUGGUAGCCACGGACCCUGGGGAUACCCUCACCCUCACACUGCAAUCCACAACCCCCGCCUCUACAGCCUUCAACUUUGACCCGGCAUCAGGCCUUCUGACGUCGGUAUCUAAUCUGCCGGUUGGGACUACUACGUUUGUUUUCCGGGCGACGGAUUUGUGUUUGAAUACUGUUGAGCAUACCUUCACUCUCACUGUCACCAACUAUCCGCCUGUCAUAGAAAACCUGCCAGCUUCUACUGAGAUCAGCGAAGAUGUGAAUGUGGAGACCCAGCUCUACGUCCUCACCGUUACUGAUGCCUCAUUGGCUGACACAGUCACGUGUUCAAUCACGAACGUCAGCCCUGCGUUACCGGCCCUGUAUCUUAGAUACGCAACAGGGACUUCAAACUAUGCGAUCAACUUGCGAGCGGGCGCUGGUCUGAACUACGACAGCAUAAGGACCUACACGGUGACGGUGGAGUGUGACGACACGAAGGACACGACCACUGGGACCUUCACCCUGUACAUACUGAGAAACCAGGCCCCCGUCAUCACCAACCUACAGACAACAUCAAACUCGAUUGACGUUGCGUCCUCCAGUGUCUCCAUAGGAACCAACGUGUACACUGUGACCUCCACUGACCUUGAGAACGACCAGCUGUAUUAUAAUAUGACGUGUAUUCCCGCCACCUGUCCAUUCAAAAUCUACGACUCUGGAGCGAUUUUGGCGGACAAGAGUUUGUCCGGAUUGACUGAUACCGCUUACGAUUUGUUUAUCUACGUUUAUGAUGGACACACGCUGGUCGGACCUCGGAGCUUGACCAUUAAAAUCUCAGACAUAAACACCGCCCCAGUCAUCACCAACCUUCCCACCACCGUGUCUGUGGCGGAGAACACCGCGGCCACCACCGACGUGUACACGGUGACCAAGACUGACGUCAACUCACUGGACACACACACGUGGACGUCCACCAUCUCUCCGGCCAGCGGCUCCCUCUAUUUUACCAUAGAUUCUACCACUGGCACCGUUAAAACUUCGUCUACGAAUAUUGAUUACGAGACAAUCGGGACUACGUCAUUCCUGUUGACCGCCUACGUGUCCGAUGGCAAAGCCUCAGCCAGCGGAACGUUGACCAUCUCAAUUACAAACCAAAACGAGGCUCCACAGUUUCUCCUGUCUACCUAUACCCUCACUGGCAACGAGGGCUCAGCAGGGACCACUAUUGGCACUCCAUCGUUUUCGGUGAGUGAUCCAGAUGCAGGAACCACUUUAACGUACACACAAAGUUGUCCUGAACUCACAAUGAAUCCAACUACAAAACUUGUGACGUUAAGCACAAACUAUGACGUCGAUACCGGAAGUGCUACGUCACUGUCCUGCACAGUCACGGUGUCUGAUGGGGAACUAACCGACACCGCCACCCUGAACGUCAUCAUCGACAACAUUAACGAUAACACCCCAACAUUUACCGCCAGUUCGUACUCGUUCUUCGCGUCUUCUACUGCUGACGUAGGCACAAUCAUUGCAAGCCUUCCCGCCACGGAUGGAGAUAUAGGAACUUUUGGUGAUGUAACCUACAGUAUCGACCCUACAUCUACUGGUGCCAACUAUUUCGGGAUCUCUAGCACCGGUGACCUAUUUGUGGCGUCCAGCUUGUCCGGAUUCUACUCAGGACAGACCCUGGCGGUUUCUCUAACAGCCACAGACGGCGGUGGUCUCACAGACAUCGCCACCGUCACGCUUAUCAUCCCUGCAGUCGCCACAACCACCGCCAUUACUACCACUGACCGCUACCUGACCUUUUUUGAGGACACGCGGAAUGUGGCGUGGUUUGUGUUUGUCAUAUUGAUGACCUUGGGGCUGAUCGUGCUCAACGCUUACUUCAUCGUCAGAUUUGUGGACUUCCAUGGUAUCAAGAGGGCGUGUGAACGGAUGUGCAGAAGGAAGAGGAAAUGGAAACCGAAAAGACAGAUCAUAUCCAGGUCACCUACUCCAAUCCCAUAUGUUAGAACUCCGGCCAACUUUGAAACGUGGAAUGCAUGGAGAAUACCGGAUAGUUUCAACCCACAAUAACAUUAACAGACCAAAUACGAAUCGCCAAACAUGAUGGAGUCUUUUGACUUUCGGAAGUAAAAGAUCGAAAAAUUCUCUAAAUCAGAGAGAGAGAGAGAGAGAGAGAGAGAGAGAGAGAGAGAGAUUUAAGUAUUCAGAUAUUAGAGAUGUAAUUAAUUAUCAUUGCAUCCUCAUAUCUUUCAAUUUUUUUGGGAUGCUCUCCAUAAUUAUAUAUCUAAAUUAUUAAAAUAUUGUAUCACGCUGUACAUGCCAUGUUAUUUAUUAUUGUUCCACAAAUAUAUUUUUUUUAUACUCUGUUGAGAUUUAUUUUAUUAAAUAAUCAGUUGUUGCUUAUAUGUAUAUCAAUUUUUUUCUUUGAUGCAUCAUGAUAUGAAACUUUAUUUGAUAUGAAAACAACAUUGAUUAAAUUAUCAAGCAUGA